GGAGCGGCCGAGUCCUGCGGCUGUCGUGGGAGACUCGGGGGAGAGGGCGGUUGACCUGUGCGGAGAGACUCGCGUUUCCUUCCUCUCGGUCCCGCGGCUUUGACCACUUGACGCCGUUACCCACCCACCCACCCGGGACUGUGCCAGUGCAGCGCCGCCCGGCCCCGUUUAUUUAACAGGUUGUAUCAGAAUCAUGUCUGGCAGUUUUUAUUUUGUUAUUGUUGGUCAUCAUGACAACCCAGUGUUUGAAAUGGAGUUUCUUCCAGCAGGCAAGAUGGAGCCGAAAGAUGAUCACCGACAUCUUAACCAGUUCAUAGCUCAUGCUGCUCUCGACCUAGUAGAUGAAAACAUGUGGUUAUCCAACAAUAUGUACUUGAAGACUGUUGACAAGUUCAAUGAAUGGUUUGUCUCUGCAUUUGUUACAGCUGGACAUAUGAGAUUUAUUAUGUUGCAUGAUGUCAGGCAAGAAGAUGGAAUAAAGAAUUUCUUCAAUGAUGUCUAUGAUUUAUACAUCAAGUUUGCCAUGAAUCCUUUUUAUGAACCCAACACACUCAUUCGAUCUACUGCCUUUGACAGAAAAGUUCAGUUUUUGGGAAAGAAGCAUCUAUUGAGUUAAAUUAUAAAUGAUAAUAUGCUCAUGUGUGUGUGUGUAUAUAUAUUAUAUAUAUUCAAUAGAUAAGGUAUCACUAAAAGAAAAUGUUUAUUGUUCUGCAUUAAAUCAAUAUAUAACA